AGUAGCAUUACAGAUAUAGAUUUAUAAGACUAUCUAGAUAAAUAUAGGUAGAUAGUCUAUCAAUCUAGAUUAGAUAUUGUCUUAUAGUAAUAGAUCUAGCUAGAUGUAGAAUAUUAUUGAAAGACGGUUAAAAAAAUAGUUUCCAUUCAAAACUGCGUUCUUCCAUAGGUCAGUGAAUAAAUUAAAAGUUAGUAUCAUUUCUCCGAAUUCAAUAGAUUUAUUUACAAACAUGGCUGGGGCUUCACGUGGUGCUCCUAAUAUAAUGAUAGCAGGAACACCUGGUACAGGAAAAUCAACCCUGGCUAAAGAGCUUGCACAAAGAAGUGGACUUAAUUACAUCAAUGUAUCUGAAGUAGCUCAAAAUGCAGACUGCCUUGAUGGCUAUGACGAAGAGCAUGAAUGUGGAAUUUUAGAUGAAGACAAGGUUAUAGAUGAACUUGAGGAGACUAUGUCAGCUGGAGGCAAUGUAGUCGAUUACCAUUCAUGUGAGUUUUUCCCAGAGCGAUGGUUUGACAUUGUUUUUGUGCUGCGCACUGACAACAGCAUUCUUCAUUCUCGUUUAACAGAAAGGGGCUAUAGUGCUAAAAAAAUAGAGUCCAACAUUUCUUCAGAAAUAUUUCAAGUCAUUUUGGAUGCUGCCAAAGAAUCAUAUAAACCAGAAAUUGUUCAUGAAUUGCCUUCUGAUACUGCUGAUCAACUGGAGCAAAAUUUGGACAAAAUUGCAGAGUGGAUAAUUCUGUGGAAGCAGCAACAUUGAUCAGCGAGCAUCUCUUUCUUUUGAAAAUGUAAAUUAUUCAAGAUAAUGUAAAUAUUUGAUGUGCUGUUCAAAAAUGUAACAGGUCUUUUUGUUGUUUACUCAUUCAAUUUAAAAUGGAUGCAUCCCUCUAUUGAGGACAGCUUAAACCCCCAAAUAGAAAUUACAUGAUUCAAUAAUAAAAAAAGCUUUUUUAUUGUGUGUAAGCAUGCAAAUAAGAAGAAAAUAAAUAUUUUUUCUUUAUAUCUUAUCAACUUCUUUCGAAAAAAAUUUUUUUGAGCCUUUUUUUUUUAGCUAAAAUGAUGAGAAAAUAAAUUAAUUUUUAUGUCAAUAUUUCUUGAAAACUACUAAAACUUCAGCUGUUGAUUAUUCAAUCCUAGUAGAAGGCUGUGAAGUAGAAUUAACCAUACUCAUUCAGUAGAUAAAAAGUUACAGAUCUGAACAUGGUUGUGGCCCAUUAUUUCAUGUUUUUAUAGGGGUUUAGGCAUAGAAAAAAAUUUAUUACUCUAAAAGUUUUCAAUCUUUUGUAUUUAUUCUGCAUCAUUUUCAUACUUGUAUAUAUAAUAUUAUUUGUAAGUACCAAAUUUCAAGGCGAAAUAUUCAUAUAUACAUUUUUUAUCACGCCAUCUCUGAACGAAAAAAUAUGAAAAUGGCUUAUGGGGAAGAAAAAUAAAUUUCGAUAUAUAUAUAUAUAUUAUAUAUAUAAAAUUACAUAAUAUAAAUAAAUAUUUAAAAAACUUCCACUUUGAAUGUAUACACUAAAUUGUUCAGAAAUGAAUGCUGUAUAAUAUUCAGUUAUAAAUAAAAAAUCAAUCAUUUUGACCCAUAGGGGGGGUUUAAGCUGUCCUUAAAGCUUGAGUUGACAGUUUAAGUUUAUAAUAACUUCAGCCCGUCGAUGAAAUACAUCAAUGAAAUGUAAUACAUUCUUGUGAUUGAAUCAAGUGUUGAAACACACAUCGUUAUAAAUUGUUACAAUGCCAAAGGUGUUAUGUACAUAAGAAGUUGAAACAAGAGGAAAGGCUAUGUCUUUAAAUUGUUUUUAAAGAUCACAGGGUUGAUGGGGAAAAAAUAAACCUUUUGUAGUUCUAGUACCAAUAUUGCCUGUUUUUAUUCUUAUCUUAUAUAAUACAGACGUUACUUAAAAAAUGAGGAAUCAGAAAGUAUAUGAAUCCUUAUUGCAUACUGAUAUUGAUGCAAUUUUCUUGUUUUGUUUGUUUUAUGCAUUGUCUUUUUAAUGAAACAUACUUUUAUUCAUAGACAUUUCAUGCUUGUUUUAAACUCGAUUGACCACAGUUGGUUGUAAUUUUACAUUUCUAAUUAACUUGGAUAACCACAAGCUUACCAUUGGUCUUGUUCUUCUUACUCUUCCUAAUAGCUGGUGAUGAAAAAAGUGAGUGGACGAGUUUUGUUUGACUCAACCAUCUAGACCUUUCAGUGGUAGUCUUUAUGAUAGGUCAUUUUUUAUUACAAGUUUCUGGAUCAGACUUUCUGUUUUGAUUGGUGCGAGUAGCAUUUUCAAAAUACAAGUUUACUCCGUCAAGUACCAUUUUUACCACUUUUUCUUGCAUUAACUCUAAAUUAAAUGUUUUCGCAAGAUGGUACUUUAGUUAGAGUAGUUUUAGUGUUCAAAUGCAAGUUAAUAUUGUUAACCCUCUAUAAUAUUUUAGCUUUGCUGUUGUAGUGCACUUAAAUGCAAAUGCUGCUUUUUUUUUCCUACUACCUGCUUGAGUCAACAAUUUCUCUGCAGCUAAUUCUAUGGACAAACUUGGGGUCUUGGAGUUGGUGUCUCUGGUUGUGGAAUAAACGUUGGGACAUGAUUUCUUGUUGACUCAACUUAGUUUGGAGUUAGCUCCUAUCUCUUAAACACUGUCUGUCUGGAGUUAUUUCCCCAUUCUUUAAACAUUGACUUGUGUGUCAACAUGCCCCCCCCCCCCCCUCUUGGAGAUUAUGUUGUGUUUAAUCAGGUUGUAGUUAAGUGCCUGUUUUCUUUAAAUUUAAUGCUCAGAUGAGCAUUUUUGGUAUUUUACAUGAAGUUUUUGUUUUGCUCCCCUAAAUAUUUUGUGUUAAAUUUUGAUUUUUGGUUAUGCAACUUAAUUUAAUGUUGAUAGCGCUUUUAAUGUAUUCAAGGAUAAAUAAUAAAAAAAUCUUAACACAUUUAAGUGCAAAGAUAGUUAGGAAUGAAUUUUUUAAGAAUUAAAAACUCUUUUUCAAUUUAUAGAUUGGCAAUUUAUUAUCGUUUUAUCUUUUUUUGAGACAUCAGAGUAUAAUCUUAACCUAACUAGUCAUAGAAUGUUUUUAACUAUGUUUAUAGGACUCUUAUUCUCAGACUUCAAUGUUUACUCAGUUUUAUUAUAUAAUAUGUAUGUAUAUCUUAACAUGAUCUAAUGACUGGAUGUCAAUUUCCAAUCUUAAAUUUGAUUGGUUGAGCUGUAGGUAUGUAAAGUUUAUUGGAUUGAGUUGUUUGUAAUAAAGACAAAUAAGAUUU